UCGGGCGGCGGGGCGCCGGGGCCAUGGCGCUGCGGGCCCGGGCGCUGUACGACUUCAGGUCGGAGAACCCGGGUGAGAUCUCGCUGCGGGAGCACGAGGUGCUGAGCCUCUGCAGCGAGCAGGACAUCGAGGGAUGGCUGGAGGGGGUCAACAGCCGCGGCGACCGCGGCCUCUUCCCGGCUUCCUACGUGCAGGUGAUACGCGCCCCCGCCGCCGAGCCGCCGCCGCCCGCCCGCUACGCCAACCUCCCCGCCGGCGGCUUCGAGCCGCUGCCGCCCCCCGCCGCCUUCAAGCCGGCGGCGCAGCAGCCCCCACCGGCGUCGGCGCCCGAGCCCUUCCCGCUGCCUCCCACCGCCGGGUACCCCUUCCCACCCGCGCCCUACGGUGGCUCCUACCAGCCCAGCCAGGGCAGCGAUGAUGACUGGGACGAUGACUGGGACGACAGCUCCACCGUGGCCGAUGAGCCGGGCGCCCUGGGCAGCUCGUACCCCGACUAUGAGGCGGCGGGCGGCGGGCCCUCGGGCCGGUACCGCCUGUCCACUCGGUCCGAGCUCUCCCUGGGCUCCCGCGGCGGCCACCCCGCCGGCCACCCCCAGCCUCCCGGCGGUGGCGCCAAGAGCUCGGCCACGGUGAGCCGCAACCUUAACCGCUUCUCCACCUUCGUCAAGUCCGGCGGGGAGGCCUUCGUGCUGGGAGAGGCAUCGGGCUUCGUGAAGGACGGGGACAAGCUCUGUGUGGUGCUGGGCCCACGGGGCCCCGAGUGGCAGGAGAACCCCUACCCCUUCCAGUGCUCCAUCGAGGACCCCACCAAGCAAACCAAGUUCAAGGGCAUGAAGAGCUACAUCGCCUACAAGUUGGUGCCCAGCCACACCGGACAGCAGGUGCACCGCCGUUACAAGCACUUCGACUGGCUCUAUGGGCGCCUGGCUGAGAAGUUCCCUGUCAUCUCCGUGCCUCACUUGCCAGAGAAGCAGGCCACCGGCCGCUUUGAAGAGGACUUUAUCUCCAAACGUCGCAAAGGCCUGGCCUGGUGGAUGGACCAUAUGUGCAGCCACCCUGUGCUGGCACAGUGCGAUGCCUUCCAGCACUUCCUCAGCUGUCCCAGCACAGAUGAGAAGGCCUGGAAACAAGGCAAGCGCAAGGCUGAGAAGGAUGAGAUGGUGGGUGCCAACUUUUUCCUGACCAUCAGUGUACCCACAGGCCCCGGAGCCAUCCUGGACUUGCAAGAGGUGGAAAGCCAAGUGGAUGGCUUCAAAGCCUUCACAAAGAAGAUGGACGAGAGCGCCCUGCAGCUUAAUCACACCGCCAAUGAGUUUGCCCGUAAACAAGUCACUGGUUUCAAGAAGGAAUACCAGAAGGUGGGGCACUCCUUUAAGUGUCUCAGUCAGGCAUUUGAGCUGGACCAGCAGGCCUUUUCGGCUGGCCUCAACCAAGCCAUCGCCUUCACUGCAGAAGCCUACGAUGCCAUCGGGGACCUCUUUGCAGAUCAGCCACGGCUGGACCUAGAUCCCGUGAUGGAUUUGCUAGCACUGUAUCAAGGGCAUUUGGCCAACUUUCCAGACAUCAUCCAUGUCCAGAAAGGUGCCCUUACCAAAGUAAAGGAGAGUAAGCGGCACGUGGAAGAGGGGAAGAUGGAACUCCAGAAAGCUGACGGCAUUCAAGAACGCUGUAACAUUAUUUCUUUUGCAACCCUAGCAGAAAUUAAUCAUUUCCACAAAAUUCGUGUGAGGGACUUUAAAUCACAGAUGCAGCAUUUCUUGCAACAGCAAAUACUCUUUUUUCAAAAAGUUACACAAAAGCUAGAAGAAGCUCUUCACAAGUAUGACAGUGUUUAAUCUAUGAACUUUGGUUUGUAGACUUCCCUCAGCAUGAAUGUGAUCCAGGUGGCAGAGCAAAUGCUGCUGAAGAACUGUUACCAGUGGUUGAUGGUGGUGCAAGGAUGUUUUUUUUGUUCACCUGGAACCCAGGUAUAAUCUCCCAUUAUGUAGAAAGGAAACAGUUAUAGGGCUAUGUAGUAGAAUAAUUACGCAUUGUAAUUAAGUUAUACUGUGUAUGCCUACACUACCAUUGUAACUUUUUUGAAAUAAUGAGUAUACUAUUUGCCUUAUUGCUUUUUGAAAUACGGUAUUUUAGUGCAUACUUUGUAGACCUCAAAACCCUUCGGGUAUUUACGGAAGUUGGCUAGGUAAAAGCCUGCUUCAGAUGCCUUUUUACUUUCCUAGAUUUGGAUUUCCUAAAUUCAAACGAUUCUCUGUUUACAGAUUCCUACUAGAGCAGCUAUGUGAUUCUGUGCCUUUAGAUUCUAUUUUUCCUUUUCUAGUAAGUCUAUAGUUUUUAUGAGUAAAUGAAUGAAGGGUUGAUGCCUAUGAUAAGAACUGAUUAUGAAUCCUCACAUUGACUGGAAAAACAUCAGCUGCCAUCCAGUUUGCACAGCAAGUACUGUCUUACAACAAAUGUUGGCUCAAAAAAGAGAACUUAAAUCUAUUCACUCUUUCCUUGAAAAUUGAGACUACUUGUUACAUGUACUAGGAUUUUAAGCACAUAUACAGAAAUACACCACUUAAUUCCCUUCCCAAAAUGAAUAAUACAGUAAGGGGUUUUGUGGUUUUUUUUUUUUUUAGUAUACAGCGUUACUGUGAGUGAAAACUUGAAAAGAGCUAACCUAAUAAAAAUUAUGUAUAACAAGGGGAUAUCAAUACAAGCCAUGUGGCUGGAACAUUUUUUUAAGUUUGAAGUUAUGUGCACAUUGUCCAGUUCCUGAUUCAGUUUAACUUCAGACUUGCAUCUACAUUGCCAGCUGUCUGAGGUGACACUCCACUGUGAUUCAUAAGUUUACUGAGUUACAAAUUUUCAGGGAUGUUCACUAAUAUAAAUGAUCUGAAAUAAGUCGUGGCUGAACUGACUCGGGAAACAGGUGGCAUUUUUAUGUUUGUAACAUGCAAGAAUUAACAAUUGUCUUAAUUUUUGUAUAAAUAUUUUUGACAAGCAGGGUGCAUUUAUAUAUAUGUAAACAAUAUAUUUUAAAGAGUUUUCUGGCUUAUUUCCCUUGAAGUAAGUCUAAAGUCUGUGUUUCUUAACUAUUGGUUUCCUUCUUAUAGGUCAGUAGGAAAGGUUUUUAUUUAUCCUAUCUUUUUUCUCCUAAUCAAAAAUAAUUAAACCUUCCAAGGAAGCAAAAAAUUUACCUUUUUGUUCUUAAAUAUAGUAUUCAAAAAGAACUUAAAUGGAAGCUUGGAAAAGGAAGUUAAGCAGCAGUUAUUUUUAAAUACGAGUCAUUCCUUAACUAUGCAGCAGAAAUCUGUGUUUCUUUCACUUUUUCUGAGUUUCUGUAGCAUAACCCCACACCUCUGUUUUAGAAGAAUGAAUAUAAAAAGUAUAGUCUUGGUUUUAAGAUUCUUCACAAAAUGCUUGGAGAUUGCUACUUUGCAGAAGUUAUGUUCGGCAGUGCUCCUAGUACAUACCCAAAGAGGUAAAAUACAGAAAAAUUAAGAGGAAAAAGCAAUAUUUGUAAAAGAAAGGACAAUCAGUGAGGAAAAUCUCAAUUUCCAGGCUACUAAGAGUGUGCUGCAGACAAGGUUGACCAUAAAAUGAGGACCAUAGUCACAGGGCUGACUUGCUCUUUUAUCUUCCUCAUUGUAUCUCAUUGUAUAUUCAAAAUUGACCAUUUCACAUAACAGCUCUUCCUAGCAAUGCUCCAGCUUCCAAUAUGUAAUUUAAUUAGAUGAGAUAGUGAUGAGCUAGGUUUGAGCUGAGUUCAUUGGCUUGUGUUUGCCAGAUACUGUUUUCUUAAAUGUCUUUGCAGUAUUUAGAUCAGACUACAAUCCAAUUAAUUCUGUGUGGAGGUGUUAAGACCUGUACAGAAAGUGAUCUUGGUCCAGUUGAAAUAUUCUAGAAGGUUAGUAUUAAUGACAUGUGUGUGUCCAGGAAGAAAUUAAGCUGUGAUAUGUAUACAUACAACAUUAUCGGACAGGUACAUUUUUUGCAAAUAAACUGUCACGGCCUUCACCUUA